GCAGGGCAUCUGAAACAGUUGCAGCGUCCGUGUGUCUGAGGGAAAGACACCCCCGUCUCUGUCUGAUAUUUCCACAAAAAAAAAUCGGAAAAACGUAAGACGAUUUCUUUACAAAUCCGAAAAGUACAUAACACUCUGGGAAAGGGAGGAAAAAAAAACAAACAAACAGACCGCCUUUUCAAAACAGCUUGAAUAACCGGAGAGAGAAAACAGCAGAGAAACGAGAAGGGGGAGACCGUGGACAGUAUUAGUACCCAGCUCUGGUUCUUGGAGGAUGUCUGCGACCACUGUCGAUCAGAGACCUAAAGGACAAGGAAAUAAAGAUUAAAGUGGGGGUACCCUCUUGACUCAUAUUAGCUACAAAUUCUGAUCCAAGUUUAGGCAUUAAAACAAUUGCAGAACGGUUCAAUGCAUCAGAAAGAUGCUGUAAAUGAUGAUGACUUUGAGCCUUAUCUAAGCAGCCAGACAAAUCAGAGUAACAGCUACCCACCAAUGUCGGACCCUUACAUGCCUAGUUAUUAUGCUCCAUCCAUUGGAUUCCCUUACUCCCUUGGUGAAGCAGCCUGGUCAACAGCAGGAGACCCUCCUAUGCCCUAUUUGACAACUUAUGGACAGAUGAGCAAUGGUGAGCACCAUUUCAUCCCUGAUGGAGUGUUCAGCCAGCCAGGGGCCUUAGGAAAUACACCACCUUUCCUCAGCCAGCAUGGCUUCAACUUCUUUCCCGGGAAUGCAGACUUUUCCACCUGGGGGACGAGUGGGUCUCAGGGACAGUCAACACAGAGCUCAGCCUACAGCAGCAGUUACGGCUACCCUCCUAGUUCCUUGGGUCGGGCCAUAGCAGACGGACAGGCAGGCUUUGGCAGCGACACUCAGCUCAGCAAAGUGCCGGGCCUCAGUAGUAUUGAGCAGGGAAUGGCUGGGCUCAAGCUUGGUGCUGACAUGGCGGCGGUGACCAAAACAGUAGGCUCCGCGCUGGGAGGGGCAGCAGGCAUGAGCAGCAUGGCAGCCAACAGCGUGCCGCCUGUCAGCUCCUCUGCUCCCAAGCCUACCUCUUGGGCAGCCAUUGCCAGGAAGCCUGCGAAACCCCAGCCCAAGCUCAAGCCCAAAGCCAACAUGGGCAUGGGCGUUGGGGCUGCUGUACCCCCUCCUCCUAUAAAGCACAACAUGAAUAUUGGCACUUGGGAUGACAAAGGGUCGAUCGGGAAGCCACCUUUGGCACAACAAGUCCUGCCCCCCCAGCCACUGGUGCAGCAGCAGCUCUUGGCACAGCCCCAGCCCUUGAUGCAGAGCCAGUUGCCUCCUCAGCCCCAGCACCAGCACCAGCACCAGCAGCUGCAUUUGCAGUCGGCUCAGCCGCCUCAACAGCUGCCCCCCGGCCCCCCCCACCCACACCAGCAGCAGCAGCUCCCUCUCCAGCAGGGGGGGCAGCAGCAGCAGCAGCAGCAGCAGCAGCCGCCACCUCCCCUGCCUCCCCAGCAGCAGCCUCCCCAGCAGCAGCCCCCGCCGCCCCAGAACCGCUGGGUGGCGCCUCGCAACCGGGGCGCCGCCUUCAACCAGAGCAGCGGGGCGGAGAGCUUUGCCAUGGGGGUCGGGGCCCCCCUCAGCGCCCCCCCCGCCUCCGGGGAGGUGCACCCCGUGCUGGAGAAACUCAAGGCCCUCAACAACUACAACCCCAAAGACUUUGACUGGAAUGUGAAGAACGGCCGGGUGUUCAUCAUCAAGAGCUACUCUGAGGACGACAUCCACCGCUCCAUCAAGUACUCCAUAUGGUGCAGCACGGAGCACGGAAACAAGCGGCUGGACGCCGCCUACCGCUCGCUCAACGCCAAGGGCCCCCUGUACCUGCUCUUCAGCGUCAACGGCAGCGGACACUUUUGCGGCGUGGCGGAAAUGAAGUCGGUGGUGGACUACAACGCCUACGCCGGCGUCUGGUCUCAGGACAAGUGGAAGGGCAAGUUCGAGGUUAAGUGGGUCUUUGUAAAAGACGUUCCCAACAACCAGCUGCGACACAUCCGCUUAGAAAACAAUGACAACAAACCGGUCACCAACUCCAGGGACACGCAGGAAGUGCCUCUAGAAAAGGCUAAGCAAGUGCUUAAAAUUAUCGCUACUUUCAAGCAUACCACCUCAAUCUUUGAUGACUUUGCACAUUAUGAAAAGCGUCAGGAGGAGGAGGAAGCCAUGCGUAGGGAGAGGAAUAGAAACAAACAGUAACCUUAUGGAGAUAGCCCUGCCAGAACUGCAACACUAAUAACGUAGAUCCUUAAAUAAUUGCCUAACUUCAGAGGAAGAGUGGGUUUUCUGCUGAAGACGAUAUCUCUGAACACCUAACACAACAGUGGACUCUGUAUCAGUUUUUGGUGCAUCUGCCCUCGUAUUCCUGUCUCACAGAAAAGAAAAAAAAACACACUUGAACUGUAUCUUUGUUAAGCACUUUCAAUCCUUCUAAAGCUUCUACCAAUCUCUGCUGUCCUCUGUUUCGUAUUCUAGUAAAUACAGAGACCUGACUUUAACUUUCUUUGAACUUUUGUUUGUUACUAACAAAUUAACCAGUGUAGUUGGUUCCAAUGAUACAAGAUUUCACGAAGCUUCAACUUUCCUAUUUUGUGUUGGGUUUUUUUUCAAAUUUGGAAGAUUUUUAGCGCUUUCAGAAGAGAUUAAAUAUAUAAAAAAUGACAAAUUACAUUUAUCUAAAUCUGUAUUAAGCUGCCCAACACUUCAGUAAAAUUUAUGUUCCAAGGCAAAACUGUGUAUAUUUUUGCCAAAUAAAAUGCAGCCAGGAAUAAUCAUGCGAUUUGUUAUAGACUGACCUUUCCCUUGUUUCAACAUCUGUUUUGUGUACUAAAAGAAGAUAUUAUUAUGCAGCUUGGUGGAUAUCACCAGUUAAUGCACAUAUUUGUUUUCCUGUAAUAAUGUAAUACAAAAGUGCAUUUGUCUAAGGAGAAAUUUGUUUGAUGCUACCAGUAAUCAAACUAUCCUGAACUUCGAAGUUAACGUACCUCAGUUUAAAUCAAUCUUUUUAAGACCUCUGUAACUGCAUUUAAAAUGUAAACUUCCUAGCUCUGGGGGGUUUGCCCAAAGGCAACUAUCAAGGAAGUGACAAUUUUCUCCUUUAGGUGAUUCACUAGCUAAAUAAACAUAAUACUUGUUUAGCGAA